AUGCGACAAUUACCACAAAUUAUUGGACUUCCAGCAGAUGGAAAGGUCAAUACUUUUUGCCGCUCUAUAACUCGUGCACGUUUAAUUACGGUUGGAUUAGUAUUUCUUGGUUUACUAUCUUUAUCACUUUUAAUUACUGUUAUUGUUCAAGCUUCAAAUCGUAAACAGAACGAUACUACUAAUACUAUUACUAAUACUAGUGAUAAUAAUGUUGAUGGUUAUUGUCUUAAUCGAGGAUGUCUUUCAGCAGCUACACAUCAAUUACGUUAUAUGGAUAAUACAGUAUGGGAUGAUCGUUGUACAGAUUUUUAUCAAUAUGCAUGUGGUACUUGGCAACAAACUCAUCCAAUUCAAUCAUUUGAUGUUGAACGAACCAUACUUGGUGAUAUCAAUGAUCGACGUGAUGCAGAUAUUGAACGUCUUCUUAAUUCACCAGUUGGUCGUUUAACUGCAAAAAGUUGGGAAUUUAAAGUUAAAACAUAUUAUACAGAAUGUUUAGAUGAUUAUGCACGUGUACUUGAUAGUGGAAAAGCUUUGAUUAGUAUUAUACAAGAUCGUGAUACAAUUGAUGGUUGGUUUUUAUUUGAUAACGGUGCUGAAGGUGCUCCUCAAGAGUAUUUACUAAAAAAUCAAACCAUCUAUAAACAACUAUCACAUAUUCAUGGAGAUCUUGGUACAGCUGUUGUAUUUGAUUUUCGUAUAGGAUGGGAUGAUACAAAUCUGGGUACUAAACGACUUGAAUUUAUUCCAGCUGGUUUAUCAAUGGAAGUAAAUGAUUAUUUAAAUACUGAUCAAGUUUCACAAUCACGUCGAUCACUUUAUCGAGUAUACAUACUCGAAAUAUUAGUAUUACUUGCUCAGGAUGCUGGAACAAGUGAUGGAAAUCUUAGUGAUCGAAUGACUACUGUUGCUGAUGAUAUAUUUGCUAUUGAAAAAGAAUUAGCUGAACAUGUUCAAUUUAGUAAACUAAAUGAUGAUAAACCAGUAACAAUGACUUUUAAAGAAAUGUCGGAUCGAUAUUCAUUUGAUUUUGUUGAAUUAAUGACACAUGAAAUAACUGAUCCAACUAUCAUAUCAGGUAUAACAUCUGCUUAUGUAACAAGUCCGUUAUAUUUUGAAAAAGCUUUUGAACUUCUAUCAAAAAAUGAUAAUCCAUUAAUUGCUCGACAAAUUCAUAAUUAUUUACGAUGGAGACUUGUUCGAACAUAUAUUGAAGAUCUAUCCUAUAGUUAUAUUCAUGCACAUAGAGUAUUUCUCGAUCAAUAUUAUGGUACACCAUUACAUUCAACAAAUGAAAUAUAUUGUACACGUGAAGUUAUACGACGAUUUCCACUUGCUAUCCAUCGUUUAUAUACAAUGAAUUCAACAACACAUUCUAAUACUGUUCAAACUAUUCAAACACUUUUUGAUACAUUGAAAGAUGGUUUUAAACAAUAUAUAAAUGAACAAGCAACAUGGAUGGCUGAUGAAGCAACAAAAACAAUUGCAAGACAAAAAAUCGAUGCAUUAACAGCAGCUAUUGGUUAUGCUAGUAUUGCUUCAGAUGAUACACGUCUUGAUGAUUAUUAUGAACUAUUUGCUGUCGAUGAGACAUCUCAUCUUGCUAAUGCAUAUGGUUAUCAUCGUUUUCAUAGAUCAUCUAUUUUUUAUUCAUUAUUGAAUCCUAAUCAACUUGAACAUUGGGAUCUUUUUGAAACACGUACAAGUCGAUUAUUUGAAUAUCUUGCAAUGUUUAAUCGACUUUUUGUUAUUGCUAGUUCUAUGCAUGAACCAUUAGUUAGUGCUGAAUGGCCAUGGGCAAUGAAUAUGGGUUCAAUAGGAGUUUUACUUGCUCAAAAACUUUUUGCUAGUAUUGAUGGACCAGACGGGCGUAUACAUUCAGCUAAUGGUACACGAAUACCUGAUUGGUGGUCAGCAUCAACAGCAACUGCAUAUAAUACUAGUCGUCAAUGUAUAACUAAUUAUUAUGUACAAGAUUUAGAAAAACUUGUAUAUAAUGUAUAUGGUGCAGAAGUCGUAGUUAAACUUGCUGGUGAACCAUUUUCUCCUACAACUCUACGACAUAUUGGUGCACUUCGUUUUGCAUAUACAGCAUUCAAGAAAAUCGAUGAAAUGAAAUUAAUAAAAAUGCCUGGUACAAAUUUAACCAGUGAUCAAACAUUUUUUCUUGCUUAUGCUCAAACACAAUGUUAUAAACGACAAGAAUUACUUCAAUUUAUACGUACACAAAUAGGUUUUUAUGAUGAAAAAACAGCAUUAAAUGCUGCACUUAUUCAUAUGCCAGAAUUUACUCAAACAUUUCAAUGUAAAGCAAGAGAUACUACCUGUUUUUAA